AUGUGGGCAGAGAGACUGGGACGCGCGGCAGAGAGACUGGAGAGGCACAGCACGGCGCUCACUCGACACGAAGCGGCAACGGAGGAGCGAAACGUCCGCACUGCGCGUGAGUGUUCGGACCGAGUCGAGGCCGUGAGAGCUCGUUCAAGUGCUCGACAUCUUUGACUGACUUGUCAAUGGUGCGGGUCUGAUAUCGCAACGCUCUCCAGUCGUUGCUCCAAAUAGCGAUGCGAGCUCUCGAUUAUUGCAAGCGCUGCUUGAUGAUCCAUUGGCUUUUGCAAGCUCCAACUCGAGCUCCAGCGCUUCAUCGACAAUCGAUCUGGCUUCAACUCCAAAGACUCUUUCCCUCGAAGUGGAUCCCCAUGCUCACACUCUGAUCCGGUGCGUCGUCCCAGCGCGCUCUUUGCCAGACGUACAUGCGCUGAAUUGACAUUCUCCAUCUCCAUGCCUGUUUAUCGGCAUGUCAGUGCGUCUGACAGCGGAUUGCCUGCGAGCAGAGUCAGCAAGGAUGCGAUCGAGAUUGAUUUGCCGUGGCUGCGAGAAGCUCAGUUGGAGAUACUGCAAGUCGCGGGUGAGUGCAAAGGCUCAGCUCCGAAGCUUGGUCCUCGGCUUCUGCGCAGUUGCAAGGCAAGGUGCGAAACGUACCCAUCUCAAUCUCGUCCUGAUCCUCCGUGCGCAGAAUCAGCCGACAGCACGAGCUGCCUCGACGCGCUGUACGAAUGCGACAUGCACAUCUUCCUCCUCUCUGCGCAAGACAUUCUGCUUCUGCGCAGAACGGGCAGACUGGCCAAGGAGAGGGGCGCGUCGGAGCGAAUAGAGCGGGUGCGACGCCAGUUGGACUUGUUGGCCAUUUUUCUGGACUGGCCUGGUACGGUCUUGGUGGUCGAUCAUGGAGAUGCGACGCUCGACGAGGCAGCGAAGGAACGUGUGUUGGAUACUCUAGAGGAAGUCAUCAGCGCUAACGUCGGACGAUUCGACGAAAAGUCUCAAAACGAUGCAAGCGUAGAGGCAGCAGCUGGCCAAAGGGGUUUGCAGCACUUUGUGCUUCACGUCUCUACCACUGCUGCAUUGCUUGCCAACGGGCAUCUGCGCGUUGGCCUUGGCUUGCCGCUGGUGGGUCUGCAAGGCAAGUCGAGCACGACUGGCGAUUCGACGUUAACCUCAACGUCCAAACCGGACGCCGCGCACGCUUGGGAGCUUUUCGCACAGCUAUCCGCCUCGUCCGGUCUUUCGGAACUGCGAGCGCAUUUCUUGCACGCACCACUCUUGAGCCCAACAUCUGCUGAGAGGUCAUUCACGAGAUCAAGGCGAGCUGCAAGUGUCGCGUAUCAAAGCUCCGCACGGCUAUUGCGACACGCGUUGGAAGAAGCUAGAGCACGCUUGAUCAUCGCGCAAGAAGAUGUUCGACGAGCGCAAGGCCUUCGCGAUGUGCUUCGACAAGGUAUUCAGCACGAUUUGAAUAGCUUGGCCCUGCGAGUAUUGUCAAAGGGCCAUCUCAACUCUACCAAUCCCUUGCAAUCUCCUAGAUCCGACGUGGACUCUUCGGCGAAAAAUAACAAGCUGCACAUCAGAGCAGGCGAUAGGUCCCGCUCCGCUCUGGGCUCCGCCAGCGACUCUGCAUCCUUGCUCGAAAAGACCUUUUCACAAAGGUUGCCCUGGUGGAAAUUGCUCUGGAAAGUGGACGAUGUGAGGGCAGAGGUGGACAAUGCAGUGCGGAGUAGCUUUUCGAAGGAUUUGGAGGAUCGAGUGAGUGCAUGAGACGCGUGCAUACUGGUCCUGCGCACGAAAAGGACGCUGAUGUGAAACGUUGUCAUCGUGUUUAAGCUCAUAUUCGAAGCUGGAAGAACAUUGAGCUUUGCGGAGGAUCAGAUGAAGGUGACUGAAGCUGCGCUCGGCACCCUCACCGCUCGGCCGCGCUCCGAGAAUGCAGGCCGAGCCGAGCUCUCUAGUUCGUCGGUGGGCGGCGCGACGUCCUGGCAAGGUCACGUGGAGAGCUCUCAGAGGUCCUACUUCGAUUCUCCGCUCCUGCGCAAUCAAGUUGCGCAGCAAUCCAAGCUUCAUCGAGCUGCUAGAUCCUACAGCUCGAACCUGCUCCAACCCCGAUCCUUUGCAUGGCCCAUCACUUCGCGUCGUUCGCAAAUCUUUUCACAAGGAGGUCCUUUGGAGGUGCUCGUAUCUCGAGCUCAAGCCCUCGUGAUGCGUUUUUACCUGUCCAGCAGUACUGUUGCGAGCGCAUCGCUGAUCAGCGCUCAACUACCCGCCGUAUCGCCUUGGUUGAGCACAAACACCUUCUUGGGAGAAGACGCGUGCAAGACUCUAUUGCCGCUCGCCAUGCAGUCUUCUACAGCCGCCGGCCUUUCGCUGCUCGCCACGCUGGCUUUUGCGUUUCAUCUGCAAGGCGCAUGGACCAAAGCCAAGAGGCGAUUCUGGACGGAUUGGGAUAGACUUGCUCAAGGCUUGGAAGCGGACCUGGAAGUGAGUUAG